AUGGCCUCUCGAGCUCUCUCCCAGCUGCUCCUGGCCAUGACUCUUCCCCUGCUGGAGCUGGGGUCAGCGUCUGUCCCCACAGCCCAGUCAGAACUCAGACCAUCUGGAGGGAAAUCUGGGCAGCAAUUGGACCAAAACAAUGGAGUAGGGGAAUCCGUACUCCUCUCCAGUUAUGUACAGCUGGAAUUUUCAAACAGACCUUGGCCACAGGAACUCCCUGAGAACUUGUCUCUUCUUACUGCUCCAACAUCCCUUCCCCCAAGAACGCUUACUGCCCUCAGCCUAACAACAGAAUGUUAUGUCAAACACAACAGGACAAAGUUCUGCACUUGCCGCUCUGGCUACCGGUGGAAUGCUAUGCUCUGCUCCCUCUAUCCUACCUGCCUUGGCCACAGACCGGAAAUCAGUUCCUGUAUGUGUCUCAGCUUCCACGGUGCUGCCCGUGGCUACUGCCAGUUGCUGCCACCUGUUCCUGCAACCCUGACCCUGGACUCUCAGCUGCAAAUGACGAGGGACACCCUGAACCUCAUUCUCAAGACAGAGGAGGCUACCAACCUGAGAUGGUACUUGCGGAACCCAGAGGACCCCAAACUCAUCUUCCUACGGCCAGGGGCAAAAGUGACCCAGAUGUCCAAUCAGAGCCAGACGGGCCUCAGAGUCAGCCACUUAUCCCGUCCCUGGACAGGUACGUACGUGAGCAUCUUCGAGGCCCAGGGAUUCAGGUGGGAACUGGAUCAGGUGGUGCAGGUGCCCUUGGAGGAGAAGGAAGUGGUUCUGCUUCCAGACAAGCUGUCCAUCUCCUGUGCCGCCUCUGCUGGCUUCCAGCUGAGCUGCUGCUUCCCACGCACAAACUUGGCCUACACUGCUACCUGGAGUCCCGGGGAGGGCAGCGAAGUGUCCUUGCAGAAUAUGUCGGAUUCCCAGUGCCUGGUGCUGACCGCUCAGCACUGCCCAGCAGCCGAUACCACGUACAUGUGUACCCUCCGCAGUCAGAACCUGGAUCCUUUCACGGCUCCUGUCUCCGUCACCAUCAUCCGGGAAGGAGACACGACCUGCCCCACGGACUUCUUGGUGGUCGACUGGAAUGUCACCAAGGCUGGCUUUGUGGCACAGGCUCCAUGUCCUGUGAAUAAGAGGGGCAUGGUAAAGAGGCUCUGUGGGUCUGAUGGCAUCUGGGGACCCGUCCAGAGCAACUGCACGGAGGCAGAGAUCCUAAACUUGUGUCUUAAAGCCAAGCUGCUGCUGGACGGCCAGGGAAAGCCCCAUGAAGAGAUUCCAUGUAUCCUGAGUCAGCUGCGAGAGCAGGUGGACGUGGCCAGCACCCCCACUGACUUACAGAAAUUGCUGUACACUGUAACCUUACUGGCCGAUGUGGUAGCAGAGACAAGAGCAGAGCUUACGGAGAGUUCCCUGAAGGAUCUCCUGACAAUCACAGACAAGAUUCUAGACGUGAACAUCAGCUCUCUGUGGACUCUGGCCCAGGCCCAGGAGCCCUCGAUGGGCUCAGAUUUCCUGAAGGCUGUGGAGACCCUGGUCCACAGCUUGAGCCCACAGCAGCUUCCUUUCUCCUUCAGCUCAUCUAAUGUGCUUCUGCAGAGCCAGCUCCUCAGACACACCUCUCCUCCUGGCUACCAAAUGUCCUUCUCUAUCCGGCCCCUCCUGCAGGCACAGAUCCCAUGGUAUUCACUGGCCCCCCUGGUCCACAAUGGAUCUAAUGUCAGUAUUACUAGCCUAGUACUGCAAAAGCUGGACUACCGUCUGCCCUCAAGCUAUACACAAGGGCUGUGGAAUGCCUCCUACAGCACUCCUGGACUGAUCCUGGUGGUCUCCAUCACAGCAAAUAGCCAGGCCUUCACACAGGUAGAGCUUAUCAUGGACUUCGAAGACAUGAACGGAGCCCUGCACUGUGUCUUCUGGGACCACAGUCUCUACCAGGGCCAGGGGGGUUGGUCAGAUAAAGGGUGCCAGGUACAUGCAGCCAACACCAGCAACACCACUCAGUGUGUUUGCCGGCAUCUCACCGCCUUUUCCAUCCUCAUGUCCCGACACACUGUCCCAACAGAUCCCAUCCUGGACCUGCUGAGCCAGGUGGGGGUCGGGGCUUCUAUCCUGGCACUGCUGGUAUGCCUGGUUGUCUACAGGCUGGUGUGGAGAGCUGUUGUCAGGAACAAAAUCGCCUUCUUCCGCCACGCUGCCCUGUAUAACAUGGUGAUCUGCCUGCUGGCCGCAGACACAUGCUUCCUGGGAAGUCCGUUCCUUCCUUCAGGGUACCACAGCCUGUUCUGCCUGGUCACUGCUUUCCUGUGUCACUUUUUCUACUUGGCCACUUUUUUCUGGAUGCUGGCCCAGGCUCUGGUGCUGGCCCACCAACUGCUGUUUGUCUUCCAUCAGCUGUCCAAGUACUUGGUUCUCUCCCUGAUGGUGAUCCUGGGCUACCUGUGCCCACUGGGGUUUGCAGGGAUCACCCUGGGCCUCUACUUGCCUCAAAGGAAAUACCUGUGGGAGGGGAAAUGCUUGCUGAAUGAAGAUGGGGUUAUGCUGCACGCCUUCAGUGAGCCAGUGCUGGUCAUCGUCGGUGUAAACGGACUGGUCCUCGUCAUAGCCGUGCUGAAGCUCCUAAGGCCUUCGCUGUCAGAGGGACCCCCGGUGGAGAAGCGCCAAGCUCUGGUGGGGGUGCUUAAAGCCCUGCUUAUCCUCACGCCCAUCUUCGGCCUCACCUGGGUACUGGGCGUGGCUGUAGUAUUUGCUCAGGACUCCAUGGCCUCUCACUAUAUCUUCACCGUUCUCAACAGCCUCCAGGGUGUCUUCAUCUUAGUGUUUGGCUGCCUUACAGACAAGAAGGUACUGGAGGCCUUGCGCAAACGCUUCCAAGGUCCCAGGUCCUCCAACUCUGCCAUCUCCCUGGCUACAAAUGAAACCUACACCUCGGAACCCAGCAAAGAAAGAAGUGAACACGCCAGUUAUGAAGAAAAUAUGACUGAUUGA